CAGCAGAUCAGUCUAUUUGAAGCCACCGGUUGAGAUCGUUCAACUCUCUCUCUCUCUCACUCUCACACAAACACACACUGGGAUACAAAUCGACGACCUCCAUCUCUCCAGAAACGAAAGAUGGAGAUGUUUUCCCCCCCCAAAAGCGACGGAAGCUUCGGGUGAGUGGAAGCUUUGAUGCUGCGCACUGAGCCCCAAACCCAAGAACUGUUUUCAUUCGGACUGAGGGUGUGUGCGCGCGCGGCUCAGGUUCGCCUCUACCUCCGGACUGCACUUCGCCAACUGUCCUCUCCCCCCCGCUUUCCAUCAAAGUCAUGUCUGAUACAGAGCGAUGGGUAAGUUUGACGACAACGAGAGGAUAAUCCUCAACGUCGGGGGAACCAGGCACGAAACCUACAAGAGCACGCUGAAGACUCUGCCGGGGACGCGACUGGCGCUGCUCGCCUCCGACUCGGACAUCGACUCGGUGCUGGAUCAGCUGCAACAAGUCCCCGGCUUCAUUGAGUACAACGCGCGCACCAACGAGUACUUCUUCGACCGCCACCCAGGCGUGUUUGCCUACGUGCUCAACUACUACCGCACCGGGAAACUGCACUGCCCCGCGGAUGUGUGCGGACCGCUCUUCGAGGAGGAGCUCUCCUUCUGGGGGAUCGAUGAGACGGACGUGGAGCCGUGCUGCUGGAUGACGUACCGGCAGCACCGGGACGCGGAGGAGGCUCUGGACGUGUUCGAGCUCAACGUGGACAACGGGGACGAUGAGGACGAGAUUGGGAAGAGACUUGGGAUCGAGGACGUGGCCGCAGACGGGAAUGUCAGCACGUGGAGGAAGUGGCAGCCGGUGAUCUGGAACCUGUUCGAGGAUCCCUACUCCUCCAGGGCGGCGCGGUUUAUUGCCUUUGCAUCUUUGUUCUUCAUCUUGGUCUCCAUCACCACCUUCUGCCUGGAGACCCAUGAAGCUUUCAACACCAUCAUCAACAAGACUGAGCUGAUGCGGGAAAGCGGCGUGACGGACUCGGGUCCCCAGUACGAGAUAGAAACUGACCCUGCUCUCACCUAUGUGGAGGGUGUGUGCGUCUUCUGGUUCACCAUCGAGUUCCUGGUGCGUGUGACCUUUUGCCCGGUCAAGCUGGAGUUUUUUAAGAGUGUGCUCAACAUCAUUGACUUCGUGGCUAUCCUGCCGUUCUACUUGGAGGUAGGACUGAGUGGCCUUUCUUCAAAGGCUGCCAAGGAUGUGCUGGGUUUCCUCAGGGUGGUGCGCUUUGUGCGUAUCCUGCGUAUCUUCAAGCUAACCCGCCAUUUUGUGGGGCUAAGGGUGUUGGGCCACACAUUACGCGCUAGCACCAAUGAAUUCUUGCUGCUCAUCAUCUUCCUGGCAUUGGGAGUGUUAAUUUUUGCCACCAUGAUUUACUAUGCCGAAAGGAUCGGCGCCAAGCCCAACGACCCCACUGCCACCCUCCACACCAAGUUCAAGAACAUCCCCAUUGGCUUCUGGUGGGCUGUGGUAACCAUGACGACACUGGGAUACGGUGACAUGUAUCCAGAGACCUGGUCAGGCAUGGUGGUGGGUGCUUUAUGUGCUUUAGCUGGAGUACUGACGAUAGCCAUGCCAGUGCCGGUUAUCGUCAAUAACUUUGGGAUGUACUACUCCCUGGCCAUGGCCAAGCAGAAGCUGCCUAAGAAGAGGAAGAAACACAUCCCCCAGGUUGUGCAGGGAGGGUCCCCCUCCUACUGUAAAGCUGAUCUCCACACCACCUGCAACAGCACUCAAGGUGACCUGUGCCACGUCAAAGGGAGCAGGGUACUAGAACGCAACCGCUCAGUUCUGUCAGCAGACUGCAGUGGUGGCAGUGACCUGACCAUGUCUCCAGAGGAGAGGGUCCCCAUGCGAAGGUCCAGCACCAGGGAACAGGACCAUCGAAACAGGGGCACAUGCUUCCUGCUCGCUGCCAGUGACUACACUUGCCCUGCAGAUGGAGGGAUACGGAAAACAGGCUAUGAGAAAUCCCGGAGCUUAAACAACAUAGCGGGCAUGACUGGCAUGGCUGGUAACACCCUGAGGUUGUCUCCUGUGACCUCGCCAUACGAUAACUGCAAAGAGGUUGUCUUUACUGGUUUCACACAAGCAGAGAGCAGUGUUUUAUCUGGUGGACAGGUAACUUUCUGAGGAGGUGUGGGUGUCAGACUUCAGUUUAGAACCCCUCUGUCCUUCUUUGUCGUGUAUUAUAAUUUGUUUGUGUGUGUGUGUGCACAAAAAAGUGGGGUUAUUUAAUAAUCGUGAGAGAUGUCUACAAAUUCACAGUCCUGGUGACACCAUUUCACUUAAGGAUUUGCACAUGAAUAACAUUUGUCUGUCCAGUCAAUGUAGCUGAAGAGUCAAUCGAAAUCUCAAGUUGAAAUAAUGGGAUUAGCAAAUUGUAAAUUUACGAUACAUGAUAUGUAGCAUUUCUGACCCCAUAGUUUAUACUUUGGUUUUAGCCAUUUAAUUAAUGGUAAUUCAUACAUUUACGUUGUCCUUGCAUUAGAGAGGGUUCACACAGGUCCUUGAAAUCCUUGAAAGUUUACUACUAGCAGUGUUGUGGGCACUGUACUCUGUCUAACUCUGCCGAUGACGUGAGAAUUCAUGCAGCGCAAUGAGCAAGUAAUGUUAAGCAAGUGAGAGCAAAGUAUGUGAUGCCUGGGAAAUGCAAAUUCCAAGACCUCUGCCUCACCAUAGAAAAUCUCAAAGACUGGCUCGACCAAGAUCCCAAGGACAAUCUCUUGGCCAGAUGCAGAUCUGCAAAUCAAUGAAAGUGGGUGCCAUGGGCAAAGAGGUUCUUACAAGUUGCCCUGGCAUCUUGAGCUGUGUCAGCAGCAUUUGGUCCUUGAAUUUCAGGGAAUUGGCCGUGGAAAGUCCGUUAACGAAAGAAAGAAAUGUUAACCGAGGUGUGGGAACCCUAAUUAAUGAAUGAAUAUGAAGGAGUUCAUGUUUUAAAUCUAUUACAACGUGAUUGUUGAACUAAAGCUCUACUUUGGAAAAAUGAUCAUGAAUCAUAUUGCAAUUUUGAUAGCAAAGUCUUUACCCCAAAUCAUUCUGCCCUAAUUAGAAUUCCACUACGUGAUAAUGAGGUUAGUUGAAUUUUCAAUCAGAUCCAAACAAUCCAAGUAUUUCAUUUCUAUUUAUUUAAGUAAAAUGAUCGAGCACCAGUUAAAUCCACCUGUCUCUUCUCAUGGAUUUAUUUGCUUUAUGUGAAAAGUAUGAAAAGUGAAGGUAUGUCAAAAUUCACAUCCAAAUGAACAAAACUGUGUGUGUAGUUGUAAUCGGGGGUCAAAUUAAAUUUGAGCUGGGAAUUUACAAAUAUUUUUCAAAUGAAAGACAUACAUAAACAGUUUCACUUUCUCCUCUAAGGAACGAUUAGCUCACACCAAACUCACAAACCUGAAUUCUCUACGAUUCUCUACUGUCAGUAAUCCUCUCAUUAGCUGCCUUUUUGUUUGGUUUUGCUGGAAGGCUGCAUCAUUUAUUAUUGAUGAGAUUAUUUUCCAUAGCGGGCAUAAACUGGCCUCUGUGCAGCAGCAGGUGUAGAGAAGCAGACAUAACCAUGCAGUGAUGAGCCUCGCCCAUCCCUAAAGUAUGUCUAUACCAGAGGAAGAGGGUUGCAUAGCAACUGGCUCACAGCUAGGUGCUUCUUACACAUAGCUGGGCAAAAACUCAAAACAAUUAAACAAAGAACAGUUUGUGCAGACAGUUCUCUUUGUCUGGCGAGCAAAUUAUUGAAUCACCCCACUUAUAGCACGGUUUUUAUCAUUCUGGAUAUUCACUCUGGGAGCAGCAUAGAUCUCUGCUGUGCUCUCACUUUUGUGUUUAAUAUAGAGAUUGUGUGCAUGGCAACGAUGCUCAGCAGAGACAGACAAUGCAUUUCUGAUAUUUAGAGAUGUGUUUAUAUUUUAUUUAGACAAUUCAUUUCCUAUUUGAAAGAUGGUGGGAUAAGACUGUCAUCAGUGUGAGGACCUGUUGCGGUGGGAGGAGCAACAUUUGGAGCAGCGUGGCCACUGCUCCAGGACAAUACAGAUGAGGGCGCGUGUACAAACCACUGACUGAUGGCCGCCUGGUUCACAGCUCCGCGAUCAGGAAAGCUAAAGAACCAUGGGAAGCACUUACCUUCUCCUGAGCUGUUUUCCCAAUCUGAGAAAAUGGAAUUCAAACUGGGACACGUCCAUAAAAGAGACUAUGUACUGUAUAUUUCUGCUGUAAAUAAAAGGAACAAAACAGCACAUCUGGGCCAUGUGGCUCCAUGUAUACACAUAUGUCUUUUGAUGGUGUGUCAGGUAACACGGUGGUCAGUUGACACUCAGUGUCAGUCACUUUUUCUUGCUGUGGUAUCCCUCCUCGCAAUAAGUGUAUUAAGAUGUAUCAGUUGAGGCACUUUGUGUUCUAAAAAUGGGGUGUAUUCAUAUUUUAACUUCUACAUACAGUAUAUACAGUAUAGAGAGACAAACAAACGUGCUAAGUUGAAUAAAUGUGACAUUUAUUGUCAUCUUUGCUUUGGUUUCCCUCAGUAAUUUUCUGUAGGAUAAUCGCUCUGCUGUGUGUGUGUGUCCUAAAACUCCAGGGUAAGGUUACGUUCAGAUUACCAGCGACAUUUUUCUAAUCCUAUUCUAUUCCAAUACACUACAGAUCAGAUUUGGCAGUUCACAUUCAGAACUCUCCAGAAAUCAAGUUUUCAAUGGUUAUUACUUAUUAAUUACUUCAGACUGGGGCACUUCUCGGCUGUUUAUUUUGAACUCAAAUGGGAGUGAGUUGAGUUUGAAAUUUUGCCACCAAUUUCCAGCAUAUAUCUGCAUUUUGGAUCAAAAUGACAGCCCAAAUAACUACUGACUUUAAAUGUGAGUGACAUAUGCAUACACUAGCUAUGUUUAGAUCUUCAUCACAAAAUUUGGUCUGAUUAGAAUUUACAAUUUGCAAAAAUUGGACGCAAAAUGAAAUGAUCUGAUUGUGGUGUGUGUACACUAUUUGAGAUGUGCAGUGUUGUCUAAUUCUCCAAAAGUAGAAGUAGAAGAAGAAGCUUCACCUCCACUUUUCAUCUCGUCUGUGACUUUCCUGUCCAUUAUUCUUUUUUGAAAAUACAGCAGUAACAAAAACAGAAACACUUCAUGUUUAUGUGGAUCAGAAACGUGAUAGCACCAAACCAGGAAGUCAUGACGAUCGGUACAUCCCAGCCCUCUCGUUCGGAAUUUAAAUUGUUUCCGAAUGGGCUGUAUGGGAUCUGAGUUUUCGGAUUGUGUGUUUACAUGACUUUUGUUCCGAUUACUUGUGUCCAUGUACACUGUAGUUCGUGAUACUCUUUUGCAUGUGUCGUUGAAAAAGCAGCAAAAAUCAUAUUUAUAAGACCACUCAAUACCAAAAACAAUUGAAUGCUGCUAUCACAGUGAAUUUAUGGGUCCUCGACAAGACAACACUCUUCUAUAUUACUGUCAUUAUUGCCACUGCAGGUCAAUAUGCUGGGACCACAUACUGAAGUGACACAAAUCUGAUUUGAAAAUUGGAAUUGAUGAUUGAAUUUCUGGAGAUAAAAAAAUGAAAUCAGAUUUGAGUAAUGUGAACGUAGCCUCAGAUCUGCAGACUGCGGACUUGAUGCUGUUACUCCUCCAGUUAUUAAUCAGCACAAACCUGAUCAAGACACCAGAUGUAUUUUCUGUUGUAGAAGUCUCUCCCCUCAUUUGCUGCAGAUCUGUUUUGGGUUUUUUUGACAAAAAACAUUUUUCAUACCAGAUGAUUCCUCAUAUAUCCUGGUGGCUAAAAAACAAACAAAAUGCAUGACUUGAUUUGUCCAAACAUUUCCGUUUGUGGGGGUUGGAGCAAAAGUGUAGCACAACUUGCCCUGAGUUUCAGGCGGAACUUCUAGAAUGGCCACAUCUGCACCGUAGCAAUCCCACGAAGCCAAACAAUCAGAUCGGAUUUCUUGCAAUAAGCACCUGAAAAAUAAGAAGCACCGAUGCACACUGUGAUUUUAGCAGCCUGUCAAAAAAAUAGAGCGAGCGAAGCUGUGACAGUUGAUAGAAGGAACUGGCAGGUGCUCGCUGUGUCACCCUGUACCCACAAUCCUCCUCGUAUAGUAAACACGCUGCUUCACUCUUUGAGCUGACAAAGGAUCACUUACCGUUCUCUGUGUACUUUUAGGAUGACAUUGUAACUUGGAGAACAAUGAAAAAAAAGGUGUUUAUUUUUUUUAAAUCCAGAAGAUGUAUUUUUGUGUCUUACUGUUGCUCUUACCUGUGAAAGUCAUGGUAGUCUGAUGCUGUGCUUCUCCAUCGUGCCUCAAACUGUCAGGCUUUCGAAUCCCACACGUCAUGUUUUGUAUGUUUUUGUUGUGAGGAAAAAAAAAAAUCCAGUUUGAAGUCUGUAUUCGUGGAGCCUUUUGUUGGCAUUCUAAAGUGCAUGCGGAAAAAAAAACAUGUGUCCAAUUGUAAAAAAAAAAGAGAAAAAAAAAGGACACACUGUAAGUUACAGUCAAUACAAUGUGUAUAGAGUGAAGGUAAAUGAUAUGUGAGGGAUUCACAUAAACUAUUUAUCUUUUAAAUGA